UUUUUUUGAUGAAGUAGCAUGCUAUGACUGAAACGAUUCAAACGCAAAGACUGGAUAUGGCAAGACUGCGUGCGAUGUUAUCCAAAUGUUGCGAGUAAAGAACUAUUUUAACCAAGCGCUUUCAAAGCAUAAAUAUACGUUAUACACCGUCAAGGACUUUCUUAUUUCUGUGAAAGGGAGAGCUACUGGAAGUAAAAGGACGCGUUCUUCCAGACAAUCGCCACUCGGCACACAGCGAUGACGGGACUUGGGCGAAGAGGAGAUUGAAUCAUGAGGAAGAUGGACGAGCAUCGAAUGGAUGUUUUAUGUAUCAAUCUGUCGCUAGUUGACUGAAAAGCUAAUUUUAUGAAUGCCAAAAUACUAGCUAGCUACGUACAUUUAUUGGGCGUUCGUGGAGAGCUGUUGAGACCCAUAAAACUCACUAGUUUAUUUUAAACCGGGAUAAAAAAGGGAGGGGAAAACUAACACUAAUCCUUAAGGAAAUAGUGGGAUUAUCGCUAUAUUUAAAAUUAUGUUAGUGCACCGAAUGUACAAAUAAUUUAAACAUAUAGGUUUCUAAUGUGCCGAAGAGUAACAGUAGUGGCCAAUCAGAAAGUCAAGUAGUCUAGGCUAACUAACGGUAGCCACCUAGUCUAAUACGUUAAGAGCGCUGUCAGUAAGUAACGACGGCCUUCAACUUAAAGUUUGGGAAUUUGUGCAGAAAUAAAAUUUGCGAUGAAUAAAUAUCGUAAAUGCGAUAACAUAGCGAUAGCUUACUAAACAAGAGGAAACGCAGUACGCGCAACUCAAUAUGCUAGCUAGCUCGCUAGCUAUCCAAGUAAACGUUAGCGAUUAAAUCCCAGAAAUUUCCCCAAGCGCGUUGCCAGUCAGAAAACUCCUCUACAAGUUCCCAGUUAGCUAGCUAACUAUCUGGCUGAUUAGCUACCAUUAACGAUACCUCACGAGAAAUGAAUGUUAUAGCUAGCUAGCUAGUUAGACUGCAACGCUCCAACUUUCCCACUGUAUUUACAUAUAUUUAUUUCCGUGGGAGAGGGAACAGUGGGUUCUUAAUGGCAGACUUUCAGGAACUGUAGCAACAACAACCUAUAAAGUUUUAGGUUGUUAUUUAGGAUUUUUCCAAAACGGCCAGCUUGCUAUAAACUAGCUAGUUAAGAUAGACUUAUACAGCUUGAAAGUCACAGUUAUAUACUUUGCUGCAGGACUAUAUAGUUAUUGGAGCUACCUAGCUAGUUGUUGAUUUUUGCCACUGCGAUGGCUGGCGGUGGCGUCUCCCCCUUGGGUGGCGCGCCUCCAUUGUGGUAUCACCGGGACCUGAGUCGCGCUGCCGCGGAGGAGCUGCUGGCUCGGGCCGGCCGAGAUGGGAGUUUCCUGGUCCGAGACAGCGAGAGUGUGAGCGGUGCUUACGCCCUUUGCGUUCUCUUCCAGAAGCAUGUGCACACCUACAGGAUUCUCCCGGAUGAGGAGGGCUUCCUGGCGGUGCAGACCUCACAGGGUGUGCAGCCGAAGCGGUUUAAGAAGCUCCCGGAGCUGAUCCAGCUGUACCUGCAGCCCAGCCAGGGCCUGGUGACCACCCUGCUCUAUCCCGUGGAGCGCGAAGAGAGCCCAGACGACAGGGAUUACUCCGAUGGAGAGGAUGACAAGCCCCCCCUCCCUCCUCGAACCGCCUCCACCGGCAGCCCCCCAGGGUCCGCCUGCUCCGCCCUGGUCAGCUUUGGACAGGAGUCCUCCACAGACAGCAGCCCCGCGGCCAACGGCCUGAGCACCAUCUCCCACGAGUACCUGAAGGGCAGCUAUGCCCUGGACCUGGAGGCCGUCAAGCAGGGCGGCACCAGCCUGCCCCACCUCAACAAGACCCUGGUGUCCUGCUGCAAGAGGCUGCACGGGGAAGUAGACAAAGUCCUGGCUGGUCUGGAGAUUUUGUCUAAAGUGUUUGACCAGCAGAGCGCCGUCAUGGUGUCCCGGAUGAUUCCACAGUCGGCGAACCAGGGUGGCGAUCAGGAGCUGGAGCACUUGGUCACCAAGCUGGCCAUCCUGAAGGACCUCCUGUCCUCCAUUGAGAAGAAGGCCCUGAAGGCUGUUCAGGACAUGAGCUCCACCUCUCCCUCCAUCCCACCUCAGCUCUCUAUGCGGCACAGCAAAGCCAUUCCCGUGCAGGCCUUCGAGGUGAAGCUGGACGUGUACCUUGCUGACCUCACCAAGAUCGGCAAGUCCCAGAAGCACACGCUGAGCGUGGACGUGGAGGGGGGGAAGCUGGUGGUGAUGAAGAAGCUGAACGCUCAGGAAGACUGGAACACCUUCACGCACGACAAGAUUCGGCAGCUGAUUAAGUCACAGCGCGUGCCAAACAAGCUGGGCAUCGUGUUUGAGAAGGAGAAGGAUAAAAGCCAGAGGAAGGACUUCAUCUUCGCCAGCGCUAAAAAAAGGGAAGCAUUUUGUCAGCUCCUCCAGCUCAUGAAGAACAAACAUUCCCAGCAGGACGAGCCAGAUAUGAUCUCCGUAUUCAUCGGGACCUGGAACAUGGGCAGCGUUCCCUCCCCCAAGGCCAUGAGCUCGUGGAUCCUGUCCCGCGGCCUGGGGAAGACUCUGGACGAGACGACCGUCACCAUCCCCCACGACAUCUACGUGUUCGGCACGCAGGAGAACUCCGUCUGCGACAAGGAGUGGGUGGAGGUCCUGCGGGCAGCCCUGAAGGACUGCACGGAGCUGGACUUCAAACCGGUUGCCACACAGACGCUGUGGAACAUCAAAAUUGCCGUCCUGGUGAAGCCGGAACAUGAAAACCGAAUCAGCCACGUGGGCAUGUCCAGCGUGAAGACGGGAAUCGCAAACACGCUUGGCAACAAAGGUGCUGUGGGCGUCUCCUUUAUGUUCAACGGCACGUCGUUUGGGUUUGUCAACUGUCACCUCACAUCAGGGAACGAGAAGAUUGGCAGGCGGAAUCAGAACUACCUGGACAUCCUGCGACUGCUCUCUCUGGGAGACAAGCAGCUGAGCUCCUUCGACAUCUCCCUGCGAUUCACGCACCUCUUCUGGUUUGGAGACCUCAACUACCGGCUGGACAUGGACAUCCAGGAAAUCUUGAACUACAUCAACAGGAAAGAGUUUGAGCCACUGCUCAAAGUGGAUCAGCUCAAUCUGGAAAGGGAGAAGAACAAGGUCUUCCUCCGUUUUGCUGAAGAGGAAAUCUCCUAUCCCCCCACCUAUCGCUAUGAGAGAGGGUCCAGGGACACGUACGUGUGGCAGAAACAGAAGCCUACGGGGAUGCGGACCAACGUUCCUUCUUGGUGCGACCGCAUUUUGUGGAAGUCUUACCCAGAGACGCACAUUGUCUGCAACUCCUAUGGCUGUACUGAUGACAUAAUCACCAGUGACCACUCUCCCGUGUUUGCGACGUUCGAAGUCGGAGUGACGUCUCAGUUCGUCUCCAAAAAAGGGCUGCCCAAGUCUUCAGAGCAGGCCUACAUUGAGUUUGAGAGCAUUGAAGCCAUUGUGAAGACUGCCAGCAGGACCAAGUUCUUCAUCGAGUUCUACUCCACCUGCCUGGAAGAAUUCAAGAAGAGCUAUGAGAAUGACAGCCAGAGCAGCGACAACAUCAACUUCCUGCGAGUGGGUUGGUCGUCGAAGCAGCUGACCACACUGAAGCCCAUCCUAUCAGAGAUUGAGUACCUGCAGGACCAGCACCUGCUCCUUACUGUCAAGUCUCUGGAUGGAUACGAGUCCUAUGGGGAGUGUGUCCUGGCCCUGAAGUCGAUGAUUGGCAGCACGGCACAGCAGUUCCACACCUACCUGUCUCACCGGGGGGAGGAGACGGGCAACAUCCGCGGGUCCAUGAGGGUCCGCGUGCCGUCUGAGAGGAUGGGGACCCGGGAGCGACUCUACGAGUGGAUCAGUGUGGACAAAGAUGAAACUGGAGGCCCGAAGGGUCGAGCGACACUGCCUUUGCGAACGGGUCAUGAAUAUGUCAAACCCACCGUGUCCCGCAAGAAUGCGCCAGCAGACCUGGGGAAGGUGUCCGAGGAAGGCGAAAAGAACUCCUCCCACACCACGGUGGGACGUCCCAGCUUUCCCCUGCCCAGCACCCCCAAGGAGGAGGGCACGCAGGCCAGGGCGAAGCAGGACUCUGUGGAAGGGGAUCCCUCCAGCUGCAAGAACAGCUACAACAACCCGGCCUACUACAUCCUGGAGGGCGUGCCCAACCAGUCGGCCGCCCUGGCCUCUGAGCUGCUGCCCGGCUCCGCCCUCCCGCCCGUGGCGACCAAAGGACCCGCCGCGAGCAAGAGCAAGCCGCCGACGGGCAGCUCGGCCCAGCAGCGCAGGCAGACGGCCGGACGCCCCGCCCGCCCCGCCAGCGAGGAGGGGUCCUCGGAGGACGACGGGAGCCCCGGGCCGCACAGCGCCACGCUGAACCGGCCCCCGCCGGACUUCCCGCCCCCCCCGCUCCCCAAGAUGGAGAUGACGGAGAACCCCUUCUACGCCACCAGCAAGGACGUCAAGUCUCGGGGUGUCUACCCGGACCUGGCCGACAUAAAGAUCCCGGCCAAGGCCCCGGACUCUGCCGGGGCCCUCCCUCCAGCCUCGGGCGGGGCGGGGGGGGCGGGAAGGACGGGCGGGACGGGCAGGGUCUUCUGCCUGGAGCCGCCUCCCGCCCUAAACACCGCCCCCUUCAGGAGAGCGGGGGGCGGGUCCGGCCUGGACGACCAGUCCUGCUCGGUGCUGCAGAUGGCCCGGACUCUGAGCGAGGUGGAGUACCAGCCGGGGCGGGACAGAAACCCCCCCGUCCCGCACAAGGCCAUGGGCGCCCCCCACCUGCGAGGGCUGGGACUGCCGGAGACCUGCCGCACCUUCCCUCCGCGCUCCAUACAGGAGAGCAUUGCAGAAGACCUGCCGGAGGAGGGAAUGUGGCAGGGCGGCAGCAGCAGCUCCAGCCUCUCGGUGGAGUCCAGCGUGGGGGAGUGGCUCCAGAGGCUGGGUCUGGAGCGCUACGAGGAGGGGCUGCUGCACAACGGCUGGGACGACCUGGAGUUCCUCAGUGACAUCACAGAGGAAGACCUAGAGGAGGCGGGAGUUCUGGAUCCCGCCCACAAAAAGAUCCUGCUGGAGAGCCUGAAGCAGCAGCAGCAACAGCAGCAACAAAAGUGAGCCGAGCCAAGCCGAGCUGGUCCAAUCCACGCCUCACAAGAAUUGCACUGUAGUUUUUUUUUCAUCGUUUUGUUUUUCUCAAGGACAUUUUGUCUGUCAGACCCUUUUUUAAGUUCAUCGUCCAUUAUUGUUAUAAUUAUCGUCAUUAUUUAAUAAAAACAUUUCAUGGCAGCACCUCUGCCACGGCACCCCUCUCUGACAGACAACGGACCCCUUUCUGUUCCCACGGCUUGGCAACAGGAAGUGACAUCAUCAGGCUGCGCCUCAGAGAACGGUCUCCAUAUGUAGCCUGCAUUACAUUCCUCGCCUUACCUUGGGCAGGAGAUUCACUCCUUUAUUCUAACUUCACUUUAUUUUUAUUUCUAUUUUUUAACAUUAUAUUGCAUGUAUUAUGUUGCAAAGGUAAAGGGAAUGGUUUAAACCAAAUCCGCACUGACUGACUGCUCACAGACCGCGAGCCUGACAUUGAGUGUACAUUCGUCCGUUCGUCCAGGUGUUUGAGAGAAUUGAAGACUCGUACCUGCUUCGUCGAGUGUGUUAUGACUGAAAUUGUAUAUUAUAUUUUCAGUUCAGUUCUUCUUUCGGUGAUUGUUCAAGUUUCAUACCCCAGUUCACUUCUUCUGCUUCUGCAAGGCUAGAGAAAGAAGAGUUCUUGGAAAUUGAAAGCUACCUUGUCCCAGUGUCAGUUUCAAUUCAUUUGUAGAAAACAUGCUUUUCUACUGAAGUCGCCAUUUCCUGUCCAUUUGCUGUUCAGCCUCAAGCACAGGUCAGUCUGUGAAGCACCAGUUUUAUGUUUGUGCAUCUCACCACCAGGUGGUGCUAUUGAUUUGAAUAAUCAGCCAGCGCGACGAACUCGUUCUCCACAGUACUGUUAAAAUGUGACUUUUGAUGCACGUGAAUUUACAGAGGGAGACACUUCAAACAUGCAAUAUUACAGUACAAGAAAGAAUUCAUUUUUUCAUCCUAACAAUGAUAGACGCAUAUAUAGUUUCAGACCGACCUCCUGUUUUGCUGGUUGACUGCCAGGUAGAAUAGGUGUGUGCAUAUUUUUCCGAGACGUUAGUUACAAUCACCAGCGAGUCAAUCCAGAGCAGCUUCAGUCAUCUUUUCUGGUCACAUUGUGAUCAGAAAAGAGACGAUAGAAGAGAAUGUGUUGCUAUGUUGCACGAGCGCACGCCUUUAACGGUAAAUCGCGGAAGAAAGUUAACUGACGUGUGGUAGUCGGCACCUCCUCAUUCAGGCUCUUUCUAAAAGACCUGCUCCAAAAGCUGAACUUUGCUAGCCAUCACCUCCGGGACUGUGUCCUGUGGCAGCCAUCUCUCUGGCCUGGUCUGCUCGCCCAGGCCAGGGAUUUGCACAAAGAGGACGGCAGCAGCUGUGAGCAGCUGUGUGGGGCCCUGGGUCAUGGAGCUGUAAUGCAGCCUUUCUGACUUGAUGUACUGUACAUGCCUGGUGCCCUCUGCACUCCUCCUAAGGUGACACUCCUUCCUUGUGUGCUGUGUUGGGCCACACACACACACACACUGACACACACACACGCACACACACACGCACGCACGCGUACACACACCCCAUGUGCCUUCAAUGGAAUGAGCUGGCCAGGCAGUACCUCUCACUAAUUCGUCUGCUGAUCAGGGGUGUUAGGACUGCCUUGCAGAACCGUUAUGUCUCUGUAAGACUGUGGAGGGCGGGGCUUUCUGCCUCCGCUCUGUUUUUUCCCCCAGAGUUCUUUAGUUUGAGAAGCCAUCACCUUCCUCAGUGAAAUUCUGUUUGGAUUUGUUCAUCUUUGCACAUUGGACUUUGUUAAGUGAUGCUUGAGCAGUGUGCUGGCUCUGUCCACUGGUUCAGACUGAGCCCCAUGAUUUGCGGUUUCAUUUCAUGGUAAUUGCUGCCAAAUGGGAAAGAACCCCCUUCCUGGUUAUAUUGUCUGUUCCAGAUUGUUUGUAAUCUGUAGAGUGUUUGUUUUUGUAGUUUAUACCUCCAGUCAGAGUAAUUGUGCCUGUUUAAAGUAGUUCCCAUCAACGUAUGUAUCCGUUUAACUCUCAUACGCAUCUCAAAUGUUUUCUUGUCUUUGUUUUACAUUCUGCCAGUUUGUCUUCUUUAAUGUUUUGUUGUAUUCUUAAGUUAAUAUUGCAGGACGACUCUAAGAUUUUUUCCCCUCCCAAACAAAUAAAAACUAAUUGCUAACAGUCAA